ACCUGUCCACUAAUCAGAUUGUGAUGAACUGUGCUGACAUUGACAUCAUCACAGCAUCCUUUGUACCAGAGGGAGGGGAAGGUGAGGAAAUUAACGCUACAGGAUUCAACUAUCAAAAUGAGGACGAGAAAGUAACUCUGUCAUUCCCUAGUGCUCUACAGACAGGAUCCGGUACGUUGAAGAUUGACUUUGUUGGGGAGCUGAAUGACAAAAUGAAAGGUUUCUACAGAAGUAAAUAUGCAACUCCUGCAGGAGAAAUCCGCUAUGCUGCUGUCACGCAGUUCGAGGCCACGGACGCUCGCCGGGCCUUCCCCUGUUGGGACGAGCCAGCUAUCAAAGCCACCUUUGACAUCUCUCUGAUAGUUCCCAAGGACCGAGUAGCCUUGUCAAAUAUGAAUGUCAUCGAUCGAAAGCCAUAUCCAGAAGAUGACAGCCUUUUGGAAGUGAAGUUCGCCACCACCCCCAUCAUGUCCACGUACCUUGUAGCUUUCGUCAUCGGCGAAUACGACUUUGUAGAAGGCCAAUCGUCGGACGGCGUGACCGUACGUGUCUACACGCCUACCGGAAAGGCGGAACAAGGGAAAUUUGCACUAGAGGUUGCUGUAAAGACCUUACCUUUCUACAACGACUACUUCAAUGUUCCUUACCCAUUGCCUAAAAUUGAUCUAAUAGCUAUCGCUGACUUUGCUGCUGGUGCCAUGGAAAACUGGGGCCUUGUAACCUACAGGGAGACGGCGCUGCUGAUUGACCCGAAGAACUCAUGCUCGUCCUCACGGCAGUGGGUGGCCCUAGUGGUGGGACACGAGCUGGCCCACCAGUGGUUCGGAAACCUGGUCACCAUGGAAUGGUGGACCCAUCUGUGGCUUAACGAGGGCUUUGCAUCAUGGAUCGAAUACCUCUGUGUGGACCACUGUUUCCCUGACUACGACAUCUGGACACAGUUUGUGUCUGCCGAUUACACCCGCGCCCUGGACCUGGACGCGUUGGACAACAGUCAUCCCAUCGAGGUGAAUGUGGGCCACCCGUCGGAGGUGGAUGAAAUCUUUGAUGCCAUAUCCUACAGCAAAGGAGCGUCUGUGAUCCGCAUGCUGCACAACUACAUAGGAGACGAGGAUUUUAGGAAAGGAAUGCAUUCCUAUUUGUUGAAGUUCCAACAUAAAAAUGCAGCAACAGAGGACCUAUGGGAUUGUCUGGAACAGGCUAGUGGGAAACCCAUUGCCCUGGUGAUGAGCUCCUGGACUAAGCAGAUGGGCUUCCCUAUAAUUGUAGUGGACCAGGAGCAGCAAGGGGAUGACCGCAUCCUCAAGAUAUCUCAGAAGAAAUUCUGUGCCAGUGGACCACAUAAUGGUGAGGACUGCCCUAACUGGAUGGUCCCCAUCAGUAUCUGUACGGGUGAGGACCCCGGCUGUACCAAGCUCAAGGUGCUGCUGGACAGCCCAGAGACCACCAUCACGAUCAACAACGUCAGCCCUGACCAGUGGGUCAAGAUCAACCCGGGAACAGUGGGCUUCUACAGGAUCCAGUACAGCUCAGCCAUGUUGGAGAGCCUGCUGCCUGGUAUCAGAGACCUCACCCUGCUGCCUGUGGACCGUCUGGGCCUGCAGAACGACCUCUUCUCCCUGUCGCGCGCCGGCAUGAUCAGCACGGUGGAGGUGCUGAAGCUGAUGGAGGCCUUCGUCAACGAGCCCAAUUACACGGUGUGGAGCGACCUGAGCUGCAACCUGGGCGUGCUUUCCUCCCUGCUCUCCCACACAGACUUCCACGAGGAGAUCCAGGAGUUCAUCCGGGACCUGUUCACCCCCAUCGGCCUCAAGCUGGGCUGGGAAUGCAAGCAAGGCGAAGGUGAGCCCCCAGGGGCUGGUGGUCACCUGGAUGCCCUGCUGAGGGGCCUGGUUCUGGGGAAGCUGGGGAAGGCGGGACACAAGCCCACGUUGGAGGAGGCCCGGCGGAGAUUCAAAGACCAUGUGGAAGGCAAGCAGAUCCUCUCUGCAGACCUCAGGAGCCCAGUGUACUUAACAGUGCUGAAGCAUGGAGACAGUGCCACGUUGGACACAAUGCUGAAGGUAAGUCACACCAGCUAAUGGUGUAGCAGUGCG